AGGGUUAAAGGGGCGCCCGCGGGUCGCCGCCACUCGGCCUCCGGGAGACAAAGGGCCCUGUCGUCGCCGGCCCCCGAGCUGUUCCGGGCCAUGGGCAGGACAGACCGUCGCGCCGGUCCCAGAGCCAGGCUCCCCAGCACAGGCUACACACUGGACACUCAAAGCCAGACAGAAGCCCCCACACCCCCUCUCUGGACUGACGCAGAUGAAGAGCUAGAGGUCCAGAGAGACUGACUGUGUGCCCCUGAAGUGACCCAGCCUGGAGACUGUGAGCUGACCUUCAAAGUGAUUGAGCAGAACUGGGUGGGCAGCCUGUGGGGACAGGUUGCAGCUCCUCGUGACCAUGAAGCUCAACGAGCGCAGCUUGGCCUUCUACGCAACCUGCGAUGCCCCGGUGGACAACGCCGGCUUCCUGUACAAGCGUGGUGGCCGUGGGACCGGCUCGCACCGGCGCUGGUUCGUGCUCCGGGGCAAUAUCCUCUUUUACUUCGAGGCAGAAGGCAGCCGCGAGCCGCUGGGCGUCAUCCUGCUGGAGGGCUGCACGGUGGAGCUGGUGGAUGCCCGGGAGGAGUUCGCCUUCGCAGUGCGCUUUGCCGGGGGCCGAUCCCGGCCGUACGUGCUGGCCGCUGACAGCCAGGCAGCCCUGGAGGGCUGGGUGAAGGCACUGUCCCGGGCCAGCUUCCACUAUCUGCGCUUGGUGGUGCGGGAGCUGGAACAGCAACUGGCUGCCAUGCGCGAGGGAAGCCCCGCCAACGCCUUACCCGCCAACCCGAGCCCGGUUUUGACCCAGAGACCCAAGGAGAACGGCUGGGUAGUGUGGAGCACGCUGCCCGAGCAGCCCUCGGUAGCCCCUCAGCGGCCGCCGCCACUGCCACCCCGCCGCAGGGCCUCAGCGGCCAACGGGCCCUUGGCAUCCUUCGCCCAGCUGCAUGCGCGAUAUGGACUAGAGGUGCAGGCCCUUAGGGACCAGUGGCGCGGAGGCCAGGCUGGCCUAGCCAGCUUAGAGGUCCCCUGGCAUCCUGGUUCUGCUGAGACUCAGACCCAGGACCAGCCAGCCCUAAGGGGACAUAGUGGGUGUAAGGUAUUACAUGUAUUCCGUUCCGUAGAAUGGCCUGUUUGCAAUCCAGGCUCCCAGGGGACAUAGGACAUAUGACUCAGGAGACCUGUGCCCCUGGGGUCAGAGGCACUUACUUCUGAGAAGAAUCUGGAACGUGAACCUGAGGGUGCUUCUAGAGCCCAAGGAGCUGGUUUCUAGAGAACUCCGCGCCAGGGUGGCCUGUGUGACCUUGACAGCCCCGAAGCUGGCCACAGGCCCAUGGGGCCCAGGGUUUACCUGGUGCCUCUCAAGGAUCUAAAGCUUGAACCUGGAAGCUGCUGUCUGGGCUGCUGUGGGCCUACACCAGUAGGUGGAAUGUGGGACUUGAACUGGAUAGGUCCCCCAGGCUCCUGGCCUGGAACCAGCUAAGUCAGGACUGUGUCCAGCUUUGUAGGUGAGCCCGGGCAGAAGCAGGGCCUCCCCUGACCUCGGUCCUGGCCUGGGACCCAGCUUCCUCCCAGUUUCACCUGGAGGAGACAGGCCUCCGACUGAUUCCAUGCCUGCAGCAGGGAGAGCCCAGGCACUGUCCCUAGCCACUGCAGGUGACCAGUGGGCCUCAGGACUGGGCCUACUUCUCUCUCACCACAGUGCUGGCUGUCUUCCAGAGGGUUGGGCAGGACAGCCGGCCCCACCUGGGUUCUUGUUUACAGUCCUCCUCAGUGCCCUGCCCUGAGGGGACACUCCAAUCGCUGCAUCCUAUGAACAGAUUUCACCCUGGCCCCUCCCUCUCCUCUGGGGGGUGGGGUGGCUGGGUCCCAUGGGUGCUUCUGUCUGUCGCCAGGGCCUCUUGGCUCUCUGCUGGCUCAGGGGCCAGGGCACUUGGCUGUGGGUUUUUCUUUGAAGUACAGAGGCUACUGUCUUCCACCAGUGAAGUUAAGUAGUCCAGUCUCACCCCUGCCACUUUUGUUACUGUUGGCUGCAAGGGGUGGCAUUGUCUCCAGGGAGCCAGGCCCUCGCAGGAGACACACGGGCGCCUAGCUGACUUGGCCCUGACUUGGCCCUCUGUCUCCUGAGCUCAGCUGUCUGCACAGGUGGUGCCUCUGGGGACUUGGUCUGUCUCCUCAACUCUCCCACUGGAGUCAUACGGCUGAGGUGUAGACUCUAGUCUGGGACGGGCUUACAAACUCUAAAGGUACGGGGCAGGAGGUGGGGGAGACAAGGGCAGAGUUGUUCCCUCUCCCCAAAGCACAAGGUGAACACCAGCUGAUUCUGGGGCUAGGAGAGUUAUCAAUCAUGGACAGGGUAUGAGGGCCAAAAUAAAAGCCGGUCGAGAAA